AUGGUAUGUCCUCAGUCACCGUUCCGCCGGUUUUUCGGCAUGCCAGCAACCGUCCAACCCAAAACUCCCCGCCAGCGCAAAGCCAUCAACGCCUUCAACGCACGAGAAAACGCAAAGAGGGGAAAGGCCGUGGAUCCCAAUCUCGUAAAGGCGGACAAGUUGAGGAAGCAGCUACCUGUGUCGGGGUGGUGGAUGGCGCUGUUGAUGUUUUUGUUGGUUGGUGGGAUUGUAUUGGAGGCUCUGAGGAUUUUCUUCUAG